AUGCUUGUUACCUACUUUUUUAUAGCUUCCUUCCACUCUCUCCCAAAAACACACAGGUGGAGAGAAAAAAUGGAGAAAAACAAGAUAUGUAAGCUCUGUUCAAGAAAGUUUGCUAAUGGAAGAGCUUUAGGUGGGCAUAUGAGAUCUCAUAUGAUGAAUUUACAGUUACACCAACAUGAAACAGAGUCAAUUCCAUCAUCUUCAUGGUCCGAUGAAGAAGAAAAAGGUAAAAUCUUGAAUUCAUCUGAUGCUGAUGCUGAUGACUCGGUUGUUGUUCUUCCAGAUAAGGAGAGUGAAACCGAGUCAUCGAAAAACCCAAUUCGUUUCAAAAGAUCUAAAAGAGUAAGGAAAUCAAGAAAACCCAAUUUUGUCAAGAUAACAGAGUAUUACUCAUCAGUGGUUGAAACAGAGCCGGUGAGUUCGAUUUCAGAGAAUUCACCUGAAGAAGAUGUUGCACAUUGCUUGAUGAUGUUAUCUAGAGAUAAAUGGAAUAAAAAAGAACAAGUUGAUUUCUACUCCGAUGAAGAGGAAGAAGAUGAACAAGUCAAAGAAGAGAAUUCAGAGGAUUCUGAAGGAGGAGAAGUUAAAGUAACUACAAAGAGUACUAGAGGAAGAGGUAAGUAUAGAUGUGAAACAUGUAACAAAGUUUUUCGGUCUUAUCAAGCUUUAGGAGGACAUAGAGCAAGUCACAAGAAGAUUAAACUGUCAAACGAAGUGGUGGAAAGCGCGAGGAAUAAUAAUGUAGUAGUUGAAGAGAAAAUACAUCAAUGUCCUGUUUGUUACAGAGUUUUUCCAUCGGGUCAAGCUUUAGGUGGACACAAGCGAUCACAUACUAUUGGUGCUGUUGUUGCAACAAGUGUAACUGUUCUUCCUCCUCCGCCUCCACCUCCUGCUCCUUCUAAAUUAGAAUUAUCAAGAACUGGUGGAACAAGUUUAAUAGAUCUUAAUUUUCCUCCACCAAUGGAAGAUGAUGAUGAAAUUAUCAGUCAAGUUGAAGUUUCUGCAGUUUCUGAUGCUGAAUUUGUCAACCCCAUCAAGAAUCAGAGGUAAAGUUUUGGUCUUUCUUAAUUUUUGGUGGUAUUAGGAAAAGGGAUUAAUAGUGGAUUAUGGAUCUAAGUUAAAUUUUUCUUGGGAAAGUUGGGUUAGCUUUUACUCAUUCAAUAGUUUUGACUGUAAUUCAUAAUUACUGUUGAAAUUGUUCUGUUAAUGUUUUGAAUGUAACAGCUGAUUUUACUGAUAGAGGAGACAA